AUGGCCGAACACGCUGCAGCGGUGCGGAGAAAUGACGCUAGCUCUCAAGUUGCGGCUCAUUCGACGGGUUCCGGCCACACAUUCAAAUUUGACGAGGCCGAAAUUCUCGCAAGAGGUGACAACCGCGUGAGCCGGGAGCUGCAUGAGUCAUGGUUUACUGGCCCCCAGCCCAUUAACAAGUGCAAUGAUCUUCCCCUUCCAUACUCAGCGCUGAGACUUCGCCUAGGCGGAGUAAUUGGCCACGCGGGGAGAGCACAGGUGAACACUCUUCCCAACACCCGGGUCAGCGCGUCAGAUGGUCGAGCAAUCAUUACACCAACAUCCAACGCACGUGAUGAAAUUGCAGCAAUUAACGACGCGAAUGUCGGCCAUCACGCCACGUGCAACGAUCCCUGAUGAAGCGGGGGGGGGGAGGGGAGCCGUGAAUAUUCAUAGGUAUGCGGUAGCAUGGCUACUGCAUCCUAUAAAUACUGCAGCCCCAUAUGCAUGAACCACCCUCUGCUUUUGUUUCUGAUGAUGGAUUCGGGCAGGAAUCCGAAACGUCUGCACGACAAGCAGGCAGACUAGGUGCACAUAGUCAAUUCGGAAGUAGGUGACCGGACCAACGGAUAAAUCUUCAAAUGACGAUCUUUCAGUGUUAUCUUCAUUCUGAAUUGUUUGGCCGGUGGUAGACACUAUGCUGGUGGAAGUACUUGUGCUGUCAGUGUCAGAACUUCUAAACGAAAAAUAUGCUAAAUAACAGACACAGUGUGGUAAAUAAAGAGAAAAAUUUUAAUUCCGCUCAGCAAUAGCCCUGCCCGUCCAACCCUCCUUACACGCGAUACAUCCUUCCAAUCCAAUAAUUUCACCUGAGUGCCGACAGAAGUGUCAUGAAAUCAUUUUCACCACUCAACUUUACACUAUAAAAAACUGAAAGACAGACAAAAUUUCAAGGUUCUUUGGUAUGCAAGUAAUGUUGCCCUCCUCUAGGCCACCACAUUCUUUUUCGAAUUAUAUUUUUCUCAACCUAAUGUUCCCACUCGUGCCACUCACGUAAUAUAGCUUUUUUGAGACGGAUUCUGGCUCGUGGACAACCUGAUCUUUUUCCUGCCUAUCAGUAUUCUCAUAAUAAAGCCUAAUGCCUAUUAAUCGUGUCCUUAUUUUGUAGAAUUUUAAAUCUUUCCUGCAUUUCAAGUCCAUUCAUAACAAGAUAUCGCAAGGCAAGAAUGUGAAUCCGUAAUGCCAUGGUCUUCCGAAAAGAUGUCAAGCACAGGGACCGUCUAUUCAUUCUCUGAAUAUGAAGAUAGGCUCUCUGCUUUGUCGAUUCCUUUUCAAACAAGUUCGCUCCCAUGUAUCGAUCGUUGGCGGUGUGAGUUAAAUCAAAUUCUAUCGAUUUUAAUAAAGUUUAAAAUCAAACAGCGGUCAGAAAUCAAAGCUCGCCGGCUCCUGAUUCUGGGCGGAACUCAAAAAACUGCAACUGUCAAAUGGUAGGUGUCCGCCGACUUUCAACCUGAUUCCCUUAUUUUUGGCGGUAUAUCUUUCUUAGCGUCAUGAGUUCGUUUCAAAUAAUGCAGCAGGAGGUGAUAGUUGACUCAGCUCGCAGGCGAAUAUCGAUUGGGAACAAAGUAGUUUAGAUGUGAUUCGAUCGAUUUUAUGGAAGUGCUAAGUUUGCCGACGCUGUAAGAUCAGUUUCUAAAUCUACUUGCCACUCCACGAAACUAAAAGUCGCUAAAGUCUCCGAAGGGUAAACUUCGACAGUUUUCUUUCUUGCUUUUUGCUUCCAUUUAAACUCUUAACAGACAUUUUCACCUUUUUAGCGUGAAGUCAUCAGUAUACAUGCCGGUCAGGGCGGAGUGCAGAUUGGCAAUGCCUGCUGGGAACUCUACUGUCUGGAGCACGGAAUUCAGCCUGAUGGGCAAAUGCCCAGUGAUAAAACCGUUGGAGGUGGAGACGACUCCUUUCAGACCUUCUUCAGUGAAACCGGUGCUGGCAAACACGUCCCCAGAGCAGUGUUGAUGGAUCUUGAGCCAACAGUAGUGGGUGAGUAUGAAGUCCGUCCACUCUAAUUGAAAGCGCUGACACGACCAUUUUUCCUAACAUCAGAAUAUGCUUUAGGGAACAUAUAGUGGGAAGGUCUGUUAGACUAUUUCUUUGUAGUGUCUCAACUAAGUUGUUCAAAAUAAAUGAAGUAAACAAGGGUGGCAGGUCUGCCUACUGUGAAACACCCUUACAAAUGCGCUUUCUUUGUUCACCGAGUACACCUAAGAUGCAUUGUUGGGAGAAUGAACGAGGCCUUGAUAUCCUCGAUUUUUGGAGCACGUUCAAAGCAUCUCGAGAUGUGAAACGAGAGAUGUAACAACAGCAAUAUAAAAAAGAGUGAACUGAUUUGAUAAAAUUGAGGAGAAUGUCGAAAGCGUCGUUAUUUUUACUGCUCCAAUAACGGGCCGCCAAAUUGUCAGUCUCACAGAGGACAUAGCAAAAAGUUUUCAAGUGGCAAAACCAGCGAAAAUAGACUACACGAAUAACUUUGUAUUUUGAUCGUAGAUGAAGUCAGAACUGGAACAUAUCGACAGCUUUUUCAUCCGGAACAACUCAUCAGUGGAAAAGAGGAUGCCGCAAACAAUUAUGCUCGUGGUCACUAUACGAUCGGCAAAGAAAUGAUAGAUCUUGUCUUGGACAGAAUCCGAAAACUGGCUGACCAGUGCACCGGUAUGCAAGGCUUCGUCAUCUUUCACUCCUUUGGUGGGGGAACAGGCUCCGGUUUCACCUCACUCAUGAUGGAACGUCUCAGUGUGGACUACGGAAAGAAGUCUAAACUCGAGUUUGCAAUCUAUCCAGCACCACAGAUCUCAACGGCCGUUGUCGAGCCUUACAACGCCAUACUUUGCACGCACUCCACUCUGGAACAUUCGGACUGUGCUUUCAUGAUCGACAAUGAGGCCAUUUACGACGUGUGCCGGUGAGAGUCUGUUCUUAGUUUUCUCUAACAGCUGCUAGUUGGAUAGAAAAAAUACUUAUUCACCAAGUUUCUAGGUGCCACUGUCUUAGUCACCAAGGGCAUUAACGCCUACAUACCUUUCGAUACUGUAGUGUCCGAGGUUGCUCCUAACUUAGGUGCUAAUUCCUGAACUAGAACUCAUUAAGGGACCGAUAAAGGAUUUUAUUUAGUUUAUUAGUCGCCUGACAACCUUUUUUCGUUUGACGCCGACUUGAAAUAUAAAGGUUGUGGAUAUUAAUUAAUGUCGGCAAGGUAUAGAAUGCUCAGCGAUAAAUUAAUUAUGUAAAUUUAAAGCGAUAUUUCCCCGGUAUGAAUUUGAAUAAAGCAAAUACAGCGGAAUUUAUUGGAACCAACAGAUUUCGAUAUAGCUUAUUAACUGCAACCUGUCGACCGAGAUAACAAAUGAUAAAGAUACAGAGAUUUGAACUUCCACAGAGAAAAUCAGUACAAAACAGCAAGGUCAUCGUUUACUACACGCAGACUAAUCAAUAAAAAUGGUAACUUAAAAGCUCAACGUAGGAAAGGAAAUGAGAAAGUUAGCACCCAGAGGUGUGCAAAUCAGUGGGCAAUAGUUUGCUGCACAUAGAUUUAUUAAUGAAGAUGGUAACCUAAAGAAGCAAUUAAGGAAAGGAAAAAUGGCGAAUGUAACAUGCAAAAGAGGGUGGGUAGAUAUAGGGACUGAGGUUAACCUCAGUUGUCAAUUGACUUCGUGGUCUAACUGUUUGCAUAGAUCGGGUUUCUCCCGCCGAAUCGUCAUCUACUCUAAGGUCUUAGUGGACAAUCGUGCUGGUUUUGUCUACAACUGCAGUUGAGAAGCGUAGGCCUGAUUUUAAAAUGCCCGCCGAUAAGGUGUUUCAUUCACAACAAGACGACAACAGUCUAAAAAGACGACGUUUCAUCAAAACAUAUAGUGUCUCCUGACACCCAUUUUCCAGGUGUCAUCGGUCAGAUGGCAUUGUAAGUCCCUUCUACCGUUCUGCAGUAGCACUUGAUACAACACUCGCCACUUGGCACUUUAGCAGGAUAGUUCAUGGAGGUGGGAGCAUUUAUAUUCGGUAGCAUCAGGUCAAUAAGUACAAAUUCGUCCUAGUACCCGAGAGAGCGAUCCGCUGUGUUCACGAAAUCUCGUGUAAGCUCUGGAUCUGUCCACAUCCCUUUCUGGCCGCGGUAUGUCGUUCCCGGGUGAGGCAAAGUCAGUCAUCAUCAGAUUGCGCAAUUUCCUGUCUCUCUUCUCGAUACUUACCCUUUAGUAGUCUUGCGAUCUUGAUGGUUCGCGCAGGUGGUGCUUUAAAGAAUGACUGGUUAUUAUUCAGGCAACGAAUGAAAUUUUUGGAGUGCCGACUAACUAGUCGGGAUCCAUAAAGAUCCUCCACUUAAAUGCGAAUAGUAAUCUGCAUAGAAAUGUACGCCUUAACCUGAUGACAACGGCUUUGAAGUGAACAUAAAAUAACUGGCCGAAUUUUGGUAAACAGAAUAUAUUUUCUGUGUUCCUUGCAAAAUUCAUUUUUAUCCCAUUUGUCCAUAAACAUACUUGACACCUGGGCAAUUACAUUUCUGAGUUAUAUUUGAUUUUCGUGUUCAAACUCAGUCCAUUUUAACUUUAGACGCAAUUUAGACAUCGAGAGGCCAACAUACACAAAUCUCAAUCGACUCGUCGCCCAGAUCAUUAGUUCAAUCACUGCCUCUCUACGCUUCGAUGGCGCUCUCAACGUCGAUCUCACGGAAUUUCAAACAAAUCUUGUGCCCUACCCUCGUAUCCACUUCCCUCUCUCCACGUAUGCACCCACAGUGUCAGCAGAGAAGGCCUAUCAUGAACUACUGAGUGUCGCUGAACUCACCAAUGCCUGUUUCGAACCAGCCAAUCAGAUGGUCAAGUGUGAUCCGCGACACGGAAAAUAUAUGGCCUGUUGCAUGCUAUAUAGAGGCGAUAUAACGCCCAAGGACGUCAAUGCAUCCAUCGCCACAAUCAAAUCUAAGAGGACUAUCCAGUUCGUCGACUGGUGUCCAACCGGCUUCAAGGUCGGUAUCAACUAUCAACCGCCCACCGUAGUACCCGGUGGCGACUUGGCGAAGGUGCAGCGAGCACUGUGCAUGAUUAGUAAUACGACAGCCAUUGCAGAGGCCUGGGCUCGACUAGACCAUAAGUUUGACCUGAUGUAUGCUAAGCGCUGUUUCGUCCACUGGUAUGUCGGCGAGGGAAUGGAGGAGGGCGAAUUCUCUGAGGCACGAGAGGAUAUUGCCGCCCUGGAGAAGGAUUAUGAGGAAGUUGGUGCAGACACCGUGGAAGCCGAGGGCGAAGAGGAGGGUGAAGAGUACUAA